GUGCGGGGAAAGGAAUCCUGGGGAUUCCUGCCCCCGCUUCGGCCCUCGGGGCCUCAGACUCAGGGAACUCGCUCAUGGCUUUCUUGAUGAAGAAGAAGAAGUUUAAAUUCCAAACCACUUUCACCCUGGAGGAGCUGACCGCGGUCCCCUUCGUGAACGGGGUGCUCUUCUGCAAGGUCCGGCUGCUGGACGGCGGGGAUUUCGUCAGCCUGUCGUCCAGGGAGGAGGUGCAGGAGAACUGUGUGCGGUGGCGGAAGAGGUUCACCUUCGUGUGUAAGAUGAGUGCCAACCCCACCACGGGCCUGCUGGAUCCCUGCGUCUUCCGCGUGUCCGUGCGCAAGGAGCUGAAAGGCGGAAAGGCUUAUUCCAAGCUGGGCUUCGCUGACUUGAACCUGGCUGAGUUUGCGGGUUCGGGCUCGACGGUGCGCUGCUGCCUGCUGGAAGGGUAUGACACGAAGAACACCCGGCAGGACAACUCCAUCCUCAAGGUCACCAUUGGCAUGUUCCUGCUCUCUGGAGACCCCUGUUUCAAGACGCCGCCGUCCACUGCUAAGUCCAUCUCCAUCCCAGGACAGGACUCCUCCCUGCAGCUGACGUGUAAGGGUGGCGGGACCAGCAGCGGGGGUGGCAGCGGCAGCAAUUCCCUGACUGGGUCCCGGCCGCCCAAGGCCCGGCCUGCCAUCCUCGGCUCAGGGCUGCCGGAGGAGCCAGACCAGAACCUGUCCAGCCCCGAGGAGGUGUUCCGCUCCGGCCACUCCCGCAACUCCAGCUACGCCAGCCAGCAGUCUCGGAUCUCUGGCUGCAGCACAGAGCACUCGCGCUCCUCCAGCCUCUCGGACUUGACCCACCGCCGCAACACGUCCACGAGCAGCAGCGCCUCUGGGGGCCUCAGCCUGACUGUGGAGGGCCCCGAGGGCGGUGAGCGGGAGCACCGGCCCCCCGAGAAGCCGCCACGGCCACCCAGGCCCCUGCAUCUGUCGGACCGCUCGUUUCGGCGGAAGAAGGACUCGGUGGAGAGCCACCCGACCUGGGUGGACGACACGCGGAUCGAUGCCGACGACAUCGUGGAGAAGAUCAUGCAGAGCCAGGACUUCACAGACGGCAGCAACACGGAGGACAGCAACCUCCGGCUGUUCGUGAGCCGAGACGGCUCCGCCACACUGAGCGGCAUCCAGCUGGCCAACAGGGUCUCCUCCGGAGUCUAUGAGCCAGUUGUGAUCGAAAGCCAUUGAGCGGACGCCCGGGCUGGAGAAGGGUCCUGCCUUCUCGGGUGUCCAGACCCGCGUCAUUCCACGAGGAACUCUCCCUUUGGCUCGCCAUCCGCGCCAUGUCUCCUCCGUGCCUCCUCCACGCACUCCGGCCCACACCUGUCUCUGCAGCAUCAUUCCAUUGUUCUCCCAGCCAGGCCCGGACUCUCCUGGCCCGCCAGCGCCCGGCCACCACUGUGAAUAUUCUCCUCUGAACCACUAGAGGGCAGGGCAGGCAGGCCCAUGCAGGCAGUGGGCGAGUUGGGCCAGGACUUCCCCACUGCAGCCGACCUGGCCCCUUGGCCAAGGAUGUGCAGCCGCUCCUAGACAUGUGGGGUUGCCUGUGGCCAGGGGGCCACUGUCUUCACCCUGCUCACUCACUGGCUUCAGUCGUGUCUGGGCUGGCUUCAUUGUCCCCUUGCCCGGGGGGCCAGGCCGUCCCCGGCAUCCUGCCGCCCGUAGCCCUCCGACCGCUUAGUGCUUCGGCUGUCCCUUCCCUGUGUCCUGGGGGACCUGCUGGCGGCCUCCUCCUGGGAGCCACGACCUCAGACCCCACUCACGCUUCAGACCGAGACUCCCGCCUGCCCUGACGAAUGUUCUCCUGCUGCUCUGACAGCCUGCACUUUGCACAUGCUUGUCCCAGCACAACCCUCGCUGGCCCGUCGCGUCCCCUUCCCUUGUCGCCCUCCCAAGGACUCCUGGCUGCUGCCUGCUGUGCAGUCAGAGGCCUGGGGUCGAGCAGCCUGGCUGGACCGGGUGCUGCCUUGUCCCUCCAGUCAGCCCCGCUCAGGCCUAGGCCCUGCUGAGAAGGGUCUGCGCACAGCUGCCAGGGCUGGGUCCUGAGCAGCUGGUUUUCCCGCAGGAAGCUGGGGACGAGCGGAGCCCCUUUCUCUGCCCUCAGGGUCAACUGGCCCAGGCUGGGCCGAUGCCAGAGAGGCUGGUAGGCUGUGACUAGACCAGCCUAGGGCUGGCUUCCUGGCCGGAAAAGCUUCAGCUAUCCUCUGGAAGCAUCCCCUGUCUGGGCACAGGAGAAGUGGGGUCCCUUAUGCUUCCCCAGCAGGGAGCAGUCUGGCCCUGUCCCCAGCCUGGCCCCUCACAAAAGCCUCUGCUCUCAGCACUUUCCCCUGGUCCUUGGAACUUGCUUGAAGGUGGGUUCUGGCUGGCUGCCAGGCCCUGGACAAACUCCCCUGCCCCUUUUCAGUGUCACUCAUUUGGUCUAAAGCCAGCAGGCUGGUGUUUCCUUAGCCCCAUGGUUCAUUAUUUUCUUUCUUCCUUCUUUUCUUUUAGUUGAGUUCACAGUUCCAUCUUGCCUCCUCUCCCAGGUGAGAGGAGGCGGCCUCUCUUCCCUGCCCACCGGCUGGGUCCAGCAGGGCUGGGACCCGGCUGGAUCCAGGGUGCGGGCUGCUCUCUGGGCGGGGUUUGGGUGACCUCCCCAGGCUGGGAGGAGUCCUUGCCCAGAUACCGUCUGCCUCAGCUGGAAAGAGUUGGGCUUCUUGGUCUUGAAACUCCCUGGCAUUGAGACCAGAGCGUUUCUAGGGUUUUUGUUGUCAUUGUUGAUUUGCUCACCUAACUCUUAGAAGAUGAAUGUUAGAAGGUGCCUGCCAAGGCAGGACAGUGUUUGCUCGGGCCGGAAAAGGCUUCGGUCAGCCUUGAGCGUCCCUUCCUGCCCUGCGGAUCCUGGCACUUUAAAAGAAAGCUGUUAGAGCGGUCUCCGGUAAAUCAGCUCUAGAAGAUGGGGAGUGCUGCCCUCCCUGUGUCUUCGGGACCUCCCCAGUGGGGAAGUGCUCUCAGGGUGGAUUUGGGUCUGACUCAGAGUUCCAGGGCUGGGCACAAAACAGCUGGCUUUGGCACUGUUGGGGAGACUCCUCCAAACCAGGAACUCCAGAGGAGACAGAGCUUGCCACACCCUCCCACGCCAGGCCCUGGGCCAGGGUCAUUGGACUGACGGAAGCUGGCCACAACCAAAUCGACACUGGCUGGAACCAGAGGUCCGAGCCCCAACCUUGUCCCUGGGCAGGAGUCCUUCCUUCGGCCUCUGGUCUCCUCAAGCUCAGUGAAUCCCACCAGGUGCCCGCAGCCCCUGGACUUCAAAUUCUAUAUAGAGAUGGAGAGAAUAUAUUAGAGAUAUUUUUGGACAGGAAUCGGUCUAUGCAAUGCCAGUUGGGAAUCUUCUUGAAAGUUUAACGUUUUUACUAGGCGAUUUAAAGAAAAGAAAGGUCUACAAUAUUUUUAGGUGUUUUUUUUUUUUUUUAACCCUGUUCAGUCCACAAACUGAGCACAUGGCAUGAUCCACCGGGAUGGAGAUUGUCUGUGUUUUCCUGUCUCUAGAAACAUGAUCGAGGACAUGGGGGGAGGGUUUUUCUUCUUUAAUUUCCCUCCUUUUUAACAAUGUUGCCACCGUUACUCCCCUUCAGUGGACUGUGUUUGUAUCUCUGUCCCAGCUUCUGUUGUAGAAGAUAACAUUGUAAGGGGAAAUCAGCCUAGUGUCAGACUCUUGGUUUGGGGGAAAAAAUUAAAUGUUGUGGUUUUUCUUUGUUUUA